AUUCAUCAAAUCUUUGUAGUUUGUAUGAUUUUAAGUAUUUUGAACUCAGAUAAUAAUUUUUACUGUUCUUCUUGAAUUUCUAGGUCCCUUACCUUACACAUGUCUCUGUUCAACAAGAAGGGCAAUCAAGUGGAUCAGAUUGAUCGAAUCAGUGACUUACCGAGUAAUGUCAUUGACUGUAUCCUAGAACAUUUAAACAUCCGAGACGUAGUUAGGACUAGCAUUUUGUCAACAAAGUGGAGGUAUAUGUGGACUUCAGCCCCACGACUUGAGUUUCACCCAAAUUUUUUUGAUCCCUACGAGUAUAUCCAUUACCCUAGCCCUGUAGUUUCUAAAAUUAUCACGGAUGUUCUUAUGCUUCACAAUGGGCCGAUAAAUAAGUUUUUACUUUUCAUACCUAUGUACUUCAACUUUAAGCUCACCGUGAAACUCUUGGAUAUGUGGAUUCCUCUUUUGUCAAGGAGAGGCGUUAAACAUCUCGAACUUUUGAACUUCGGAACAGCUCUUAGUCAUUUGCCAUAUAUUGUCUUCUCUUGUAAGGAAUUGACUGAAUUUAAAUUUGGCGGAUUUAACUUGUUGAUUCCACCGAAUUUCUCUGGGUUUAAAAGAUUGCUUAAUCUUAAAUUACAAAUGGUUACAUUUGAGUCAGGUGCACUUGAGAGUCUUAUUUCUGGUUGUCCGUUGCUUGAAAAGCUUAGCAUUGAAUACUGUCAUGGUUUUGAAUAUUUUCAUAUUUCUACUCCUACUCUCAAAGCCUUAUUGCUAGGUUUUGAUAAAAAUAUGAAGUCAAUUUGUCUCAAGAAAGCACAGAAUCUGAGUGAUCUUACACUCAUGGCUAAUGACGGCUGGGUACCUGGUUUGAUCAAAAGCUUGCCAAAAAAUAUUCAGAGGUUUUCUAUUGGUUCAUCUUUCAAUAAGAAGAUCCCUUAUGCAGAUAUCAUUCCCCCGACGCUGGUGAAAAGCUCAUUCAACUCCAUAAAGUAUCUGAAAUUGCGUGCUGUGAAAUUUAAUGAAAGAGGAGAACUUUUGUAUAUUGUUAGUGUACUUAAAAGUGCUCCUCGCUUGGUUGAACUUGUUAUAGAGAGUUACGGCCAUUUAGAUAUUACACAAGGGUCUGACUGCUCGGAGGAGUUGGAUUGUAGUAGCCGUUGCCUUCAUCAACUUAAGACCGUGAAUAUCAACAUUUAUGCUACCUCUCAUCAACAUGCAAUGAGUUUCAUACAGUUCAUACUUGCAAAUUCUACAUCGUUAAAGACUCUUACUUUUGACGUUCGUCUUGAGUCUCGAGAAUUAGGUGCACCUAUGUUGUUAAGUAUUUCACAACACUUGUUAUUGAUGAAACGAGCAUCACAGAGCGCACAGGUUAAGUUCAUUCAUUGAGAAUGUAUUAUUGGACCAUUCCGAGAAGUUAGAAUGCAGUAGUUCAGCCUUAAUCAACUUCUCACAGUGAAUAUCAUCUAUGUCCUCAACAUGCAAUGUGUUUGAUGAAACGAGUUAUACUUUCAAAUUCAUCAUUGUUAAAUACUCUUACUUUUGAAGUUGAUAAGAAUUCAGAUGCACCUAUUUUGACAAGCAUUUCACAAGACUAGUUACGGAUAUAGUUUGUGUUUAUUUUGAGAACCCGGCUAUCCUGUUUGUUCAGGAGUGUAACCUUAUUUCUCUCCUAUUUGUACUGCUUCUGCAUAGGUUUGAGUCUAUUAAUAUAUUUACCGUUUAAAAAAAAAAUCAGAUAACAUUUGAGGUGUUA